AUGUCCGCCGUCUCGUCCGGCGCGCUCGCGCGCGCGCAGUGGGGCGCCGUCCGCGGCCUGAACCGCGCGUCCGAGACGGUGCGUCCGCGACGCGCUCGCCGCCGCCGAGCGAACGAAUUCAUUCCUAUCCGAAACGCCGCUUCGCGAACGCGCGUCGAAAUGAAACGUGGCUCUCUGACGCGUCCGCCGCGCCGUCCUCCCUCUCCUCCUCAGCAGCCCUCCUCCACCGCGCGACCGCGCGGCGCCGCGGUCAUCCGCUGCGGACGAAGCAAGAAAGCCAAGGAAGCGGCCAAGGCGGACAAGAAAGCCGGCAAGAAGGCUUCGCCCGCGGUGUCCAAGCAGGCGAAGGACAAGGCGCGAAAGGCGGCCGCCGCGGCGAUGCGAGAGGUCGUCUCGAAGCAGGGCAGGGCGUACGACCGAAUCGUGAAAGAGAUGGACCGCGACCAGUACAGAGAGUACGUCCUCUCCGUGCGUCACGCCCCGCCGGAGGACUCCACCUCCGCGCCGAUCGCGGUCCUCGGCGACUGGCUUCCGAUCUGCGAGGUCGUCGUCGCGGACAAGCGCGCGUACGAGGCGCAGAAAUUCUUCAAAGAGAAUAACAUGACGAUACCCGAGACGGAGCAGCAGUCCGUGACCGCGGAGCAGAUCGAGGGCGUGCCCGCGAUCAAGGCGAUGAUCCCGUGCUUGGGUCCGGACAUCAUCGGCAUGACGCACGCCAUGGCGGGCGCCGCGGUGAAGGACGUGGACGUCUCCGAGCUCGAAUUUGGGAUCGAGCAGUGGGGGUCGUUCGAGAACGCGGUGGACGGUCUGGAGGCGCAGGCGUCGUCCAAGGCGCGGUUCGCGGCGGCGGCGAAAGUCUUGAGCGUCUCCGUGGACGACGACGCGAAGGAUGUGAAGGCGAGGUACCGGAAGCUCAUCGCGACGGAGCACCCGGACCGAAACCCGGACGCGAGCUUGGAAAAGUUCAACGCCAUCAAAGAAGCCUACGAGCUCAUGUCUGACCGCGGCGGACAAUCCGGGGCGACGUUCGAGGGGUUGGGGGACAAGGCGAAGCGGGAUUUCGUCACCCUGGAGGGCGUGCACGCGGGGGUGACGUCCGGAGGGGGCGCGGUCUCGUGCGACGUGGACACGAACGCGAUCGAAGUCGCGUUGCGCAGUUUGACGAUUUACGACCGCAUCAAGACGUGCUUUUCGGCGCGCAACGUGAGCUUGCAGGCGCGUUCUAUACACUGGUUCCCAUACGACCGCGUCGGCGAGGUGGACGCCGAUCCUUAA